CAUAACACAAACACACCUCUCCAAAAAAAAACAUGUCAUUGCGUUUGUGUUAAGGGAGUGUGCGUGCCAGUAGUACCUUUCACUUCUCAUACCGUCUCAAAAAUUUGGACCUCGUCUCUUCAAUGGCGGCCAUUUCCGCAAGCUCUUCCCCAUCCCUUCUCUCCUUGAGAUCGUCAUCUCCCGAAUCUUCUCCCUCUCUCACACCCUCGACGCGGCGGGUAUCCUUCCCUUCGAAGAUUUCUCAUUUCUCCCGUAAAUCUUCGAACCGAGACAACGAAACGGGAAAGAGAACGGAGCAAAUCGUUAGAAGCGUCGACGAGAGGGUCUCCGAUGCUCCACCAACAUCGAAGGUGAGGAAGCACACGAUCUCAGUGUUCGUUGGAGACGAAAGCGGGAUGAUUAACAGGAUCGCAGGAGUCUUUGCGAGGAGAGGUUACAACAUCGAGAGUCUUGCUGUUGGUCUCAACAGAGACAAGGCUCUCUUCACCAUUGUUGUCUCCGGCACUGAAAGGGUGCUUCAGCAGGUCAUCGAGCAGCUUCAGAAGCUCGUUAAUGUUCUCAAGGUUGAGGAUAUCUCCAGUGAGCCGCAAGUGGAGCGUGAACUGAUGCUUGUCAAAGUGAAUGCAGAUCCGGAAUCCAGGGCUGAGAUCAUGUGGCUAGUUGACACAUUCAGAGCAAAAGUUGUAGACAUUGCAGAACACGCAUUGACUAUUGAGGUAACUGGAGAUCCUGGGAAAAUGAUUGCUGUUGAAAGAAAUUUGAAAAAUUUUGAGAUCAGAGAGAUUGUCAGGACAGGAAAGAUAGCACUGAGAAGGGAAAAGAUGGGUGCUACUGCUCCGUUUUGGCGAUUCUCAGCAGCAUCCUAUCCAGAUCUCAAGGAGCAAGCACCUGUUAAUGUUCUUCGAGGUAGCAAAACAGGAGCUAUAGUCCCUCCAAGUGAAACAACAGCAGGGGGAGAUGUUUAUCCCGUUGAGUCAACUUCUGACCUAAAGGUACAACGUGUUCUUGACGCUCACUGGGGACUUCUCACGGACGAAGAUACGAGUGGACUACGGUCACAUACUCUAUCUUUGCUUGUAAACGAUGUUCCAGGAGUCCUUAAUCUUGUAACUGGUGUUUUCGCUCGAAGGGGAUACAAUAUUCAGAGCUUGGCGGUAGGACAUGCUGAAGCACAGGGCAUUUCACGCAUUACAACAGUUGUUCCUGCAACAGAUGAAUCAGUCAGCAAAUUAGUGCAGCAACUAUAUAAACUCGUAGAUGUACAUGAGGUCCAUGAUCUUACUCAUUUGCCAUUUGCUGAAAGAGAACUGAUGCUGAUUAAGAUUGCUGUGAACGCUGCUGCGAGAAGAGAUGUCCUGGACAAUACUAGUAUUUUCAGGGCAAAAGCUGUUGACGUAUCCGAUCAUACAAUUACUUUGCAGCUUACUGGGGAUCUUGACAAGAUGGUUGCACUGCAAAGGUUGUUGGAACCUUACGGUAUAUGCGAGGUUGCAAGAACAGGGCGUGUGGCAUUGGCUCGUGAAUCAGGAGUGGACUCUAAGUAUCUUCGUGGAUACUCCUUCCCUUUAACUGGUUAAUAACCCAAUCGUAGAGUAGCAUACAAAACUGUAUCCAUGAAACAGCAAAACAGAAAAAAAAAAAAAAAAAGACCUUUUGAAUAUAAAAAGUUCCAUUACACACUUUUAUGAGCCACAAACCCAAAGACCGAGCCAGAGAGACUGUGUAGAUAUGUUUUGGGACUUUGUGAAUUUCAUUUCAGUUUCUUUAUUUUGAGAAUAAAAAGUUGUUAGGAUUAUUAA